CUUCAACUCCGUUCUAAUGGUGGACUUCGUCAAGAUCCCUCUCUUCUUCCCCUUUUCCCGUUGGAUAUCUCCGCGCUAUCGUGCCAACGACGCCAUCGAGCUCCACUGAUUGCAAGUUGCUGGUGUAGCCUUGAUUCAUUGAAUCAUGAGUUUAGCUUGCCUUGUUUGUCAUGGUGAUAGUCCAACAAACUCUUUCAGGAGUUACUCGGUUUCAAGUUCGGACAAUGAAGGACGAUGCUCUGCAAUAGUGAACUGUUUGACACAAAGGGUAAACAUUACCCAUGCAUCCGCAAACACUCGGACUACAUCCAAGGUUACCCCGGCCCCCAUUUUAGCUGGUGGUCAAGCAGCGACAGGAGCCCCGCGCCUUGUUCGGAGCCGUGCUGUUAAUAGGGACCUCGUCCGAGAUUGGAACUUCGAAGAACUCCUUAUAGACAGCUAAAAAAUGUUACCCAUCGAAAACUCUCUGUGCUGUGUAUAUUAUCAUUUAUAAUUCUUCAGUGAUGUUUGAAGCUAUCAAGCAUUGACUUUCUAUUAGGGUCAGCCACUCUGCUGAUUCUUUUGGAAGCUGUAAAAUGAAUGCCCAUUUGGGUGGAGUGUCUUGCAUGAUCUUCACUAUCAGACAUGAAUUUUAGCUGCAACUUUGGCA